AUGGACACACAACAAGCAGAGAAACCAAGAAAACGAUUUGUUGGUCGUGCAAAGAAGACAGCAGCAGCAGCAACAGUAGGAGAUAAUGAACCUUCGAUUGAGGAUGGUGCUGUUGGAUUUGCCAGUGAUCGACCAAGAGCCAACAGAGCUGUAAAUCAAAUUCCUGAUGAGAUUCUUAAUGAUCCUUUGUUGAACAAGGCUAUUGAACAAAUUCCAUCAAACUACAACUUUGAGAUCCACAAGACUGUUUGGAGAGUAAAGAAAGCAGGAGCAAAGAAAGUCGCUCUUCAAUUGCCUGAGGGACUGUUGAUGUUUGCCUGCUUGAUCUCAGAUAUCCUUGAAGUUUUCUGUGAUGCCGAGACUUUGAUUAUGGGUGAUGUCACAUAUGGCGCUUGCUGUAUAGAUGAUUUCACUGCACGCGCCCUGGGAUGUGAUUUCUUGGUUCACUAUGCUCACAGUUGCUUGGUACCUGUGGAUGUAACACCUAUCAAUACGCUGUACGUUUUUGUGGAUAUUGGGAUCGAUACCUCGCACUUUAUUGACACCGUCAGAAAGAACUUUGAGACUGGAAAGAAAAUUGUUUUGGUGAGCACAAUUCAAUUUGCUACUGCACUACAGGCAUCACGAGAGGCAUUAAAGACAGAAUACGACAUGUUGAUCCCACAGUCAAAGCCCUUAUCUCCUGGUGAGAUUCUCGGUUGUACUUCACCUAAAUUGCCAGGUUAUGAAGCUAUUAUCUAUAUUGGUGACGGUCGAUUCCAUUUGGAAUCCAUCAUGAUACAGAAUCCUGAUAUUCCUGCUUUCCAGUACGAUCCAUAUGGAAAGACAUUCACUCGGGAACGCUAUGACCAUUCUGAGAUGCACUCACUUCGCAAACAUGCAAUCCAAGUUGGCAAACAAGCAAAGAAGUACGGCCUGAUUCUGGGCACACUUGGUAGACAGGGUAAACCUCAGGUUAUGGAGUACCUUGAGAAGACCAUCAGCGAUGCUGGAAAGACUUCUGUUAUUGUCUUGCUAUCCGAGAUCUUCCCCGGAAAAUUGGCACAAUUCGAAGAUGUAGACGCUUGGAUUCAGAUUGCAUGCCCUCGUCUCUCGAUUGAUUGGGGCUAUGCAUUCCCAAAACCUCUUUUAACACCUUAUGAGGCCUCAAUUGCACUUGGAAAGGCGGAGUGGCAAGAGGUGUACCCGAUGGACUUUUAUGCCAAUGACAGCUUGGGUCCCUGGACACCAAACCACGGCCGGAAUGUAACUCGGUCUGCAAGAAAAAAGCCAGAAAUUGUGCAAGCUGCCGUAUAA